CCAUCUUAUCUGGGCCGAGCCAUCUUAUCAGCGUGCGACUGUUAUCGGUAGUAGCGCUGCAUGGGGAGGGCUAGGGAGGAGCUUUAGACAAACUAAUUAAUUCCCUCUUCUUCCGAACACCUUUCUCAUAUAAAACUAAAUCAUUCGAUAUGGCUUCCUCGGGAUUCACACUCAUGGUUACCCAAAAUUCUUUCGAAAUUUAUAUAGCAAUAUCAAACCAAUUUAAGACUAUUUCCUUCGUGUGAAAGCGUUUAUUUCUUAGGUAUUUCUAUUUUCUGUGGGAAAUAUCAUUUGUACUCUUUGAUAAAUGACUGUCAGACAUUCUGAGCGUUCUGAGUUUAACUGUGUGAACGAAUAGCUGCUGUGAGACGUCUAUAUAAUACAUGAUCUUAAACCGUCUGUUAUUUCGCCAUGUCAUAGCAAUUGUGAUAAAAGGAUAAAAUUUUUGAGAUAUAAAUGAUUUUAAAAUAAGGAAGUCUAAGCUGUGGAAAUGUCAUGCUAUCUAAUUGCCAAGCAAAUUACAGAACUCCACGAUAUAUGACAAUCUUAGCUCAAUAAAAACAAGGACAAAUCAACGUCUUUUGUUGGAAUAAUAAGAAAUGUGUUUUUACUGUGAAAACCAUUUGUAUGCAAUUUGUUUCGGAAACAAUAUCCGUUGCCCUAAGGCCCAAAAAUGAAAACAAGUUAAAUGACAAAUAAAUGCAGUUCAAAACGUGCUUUCUUCUCUUAAAAAAAGAGAUUAUUAAGUGCAUCCAAAAAGAGAAAACGUAACGUGUUUUCGUGGGCAUAAGAGGAAAUGACUUGACAGGGAUUCGUAAGAGCUUAUCAAGUCAUAAUUACGGCAUGAUUGAUGGGAAUACAAGGGCUAAUGUCGAGAACAGAUAAACAGAUUGCUAAAAGCAAGCUAGGGGGAAAAAACGUGUGAGGUAAAUAAGCAUAUUGUCCCUGCAUUUUUAAAAGAAGACGUCUACUUAAUAAACUCGUUGCUUAGAAGAUGGUCGUUAAUCCGUUGUCUUGUUUGCCCUGAGCCUACACUUGCCCUAUCAUACGAUCAAUCAAACUCACGCUCACUCGCCGUAACGCCUCUGCCCAAUUAGAAGGAUAUCAAGCAAACGGAAGAUUACGUCGCGGACGACAGUGGUCGAAAACUGAGAGGAAAAAGGUAUGCACGGGCGCGUUUUACCGCGGAUCGAAGAUCUGAGCGCUUUCUGUCUUGACUUCUACAAAAAUUGUUCUAACGAGUCAAUCAUUGAUGUCCGUCGCCCGACGUUCUGUUGGAAAAACUGGUUCGACUUGUGUUCCGUACCAGCACCGACCAUCCAUCCCAACACGGCCGUUCUGGUAGUUCUCAUGGUCGCUAUAGCUGUGCUGUCAUUUAUCGGAAAUUCCAUCGUGCUGCUGGUGUUUUGUCUGUACAAGCAAUUGAGACUCGUCCGUCAUUACUUCGUUGUGAAUCUAGCGGUGGUUGAUAACAUCCUUGUGACUAUUUCCAUCCCUCUGUUCGUCACGUAUCUAUCAGGCUCGAGGUAUCUUCCUUUGUGUCGUAGUCAAAUCGCGCUGGACAUCAUCUGCGGAACUGCUUCCCUCAUGACACUAGCGGCCAUUGCGCUCGAGCGAUUCGUGGCGGUCGAGAACCCUUUACUCUACAUGACGAAAGUCACUCCGCGUCGCGUCAAAACCGCGCUAGUGCUCACCUGGGUCUAUGCUCUUAUCGUAUCGUUCAUACCAUUUCAUUCUCUUGUCUUUCGCCCAAAUAACGCGUGCCUGUACUUCGGCGGUCGAUUCGUUAUUUUUAUUACAGUAGCUGGUUUUGUAGUACCGGUUAGUGUCAUGGUUUUCGCUUACUGGAAGAUUUACAAAAUCGCGCAACGCCACGCAGCGCAUAUAAAGCUGACGACUCCGCGGGAACAGGACGACAAGAAGAGAAGACACACCAAGAUGAAGAGAGAGCUACGAGGCGCGAAAACAUUGAUGAUCAUCAUGUGUACCCACGUGUUAUGCUGGUUCCCGCUGUUCUUGUUUUACAUGGUCGAUGCGUACUGUCCGCGCUGCGAUAGAAAGGCGGCAGUAGUGGUGAACUACAUAAUAUUGGUGCUUCGUUACUUGAACACUCUUGCGAAUCCGAUCAUUUAUACGGGCAUCAAUCGGCAAUUUCGCGCGGGAAUUAUCACAUUUCUCUUAAGGGGGCGAGGCACUCAACAGUUGAAUGCUAGUGUGUAGUUCGAGCUACACGAAAUAUUCAAUCUUGAUAAUAUUGAGGAACGAUAAGACAACAGCUAAAACAAACUCCAAUAUUGGUUGCCAGUAAAAUCAUGUCGUUAUAUUUAAUUGAAUUCUGGUCUAAAACUACGAAUAAAAUUAACGGUUUACUUUAAUACAACAACGGGAAUGAUAUACGUUGUUUACUUAUGACGCUUCCCCGUACAACCUCUCUCGCACGGGCAGAUUGGAGGAGAUACAUCGACCUGCAUAGAUCAGAAAGUCAGAAAACAAUAUUUGAGGCCUUAAAAUUCUCAAAAAUCAUCUUCCUUCUUAAACAAUAUACAAUAGAACUUAUAUAACUUCGAAGCCAUACGGGUAUAGCUUCGAAGCUGUACUAAAUUAAAAAAAAAAAAGAAAGAAAUCAAGAUUUAAAAAAAAGAAAGAAAUCAAGACAAAAAAUUUUUGCCUUGAUUUCUUAUUAUUUAAAAAUGUGAUACGUGAUAGCUUCAAGUGGAAAACAAUAUUUAUCUUCAAAAUUGAAAUGUAAAACUCCCAUUUAUUUGAUAUCCGGGAGGUCGUGCGAAAAGUACAAACAAUUCUCUCUUCAUACCUUCAAGUACUGCUAUAAAAAAUACAGUUAGAACUAGUAGUUAUAUUUUAUAGAGGCUGCCACAUUUAAUAAGAAGAGUGGAAAUCUUGGCAUCGU